AUGACUGCCGUGCAAAGGGCGGGCUCUGUAGGACCUGUUAAGAUGGGCGUGUAUCAGCAUCACCAACAAAAUUUCUUCCUGGAUUCACCCAGCAUAUCCAGUGCAAGACCUAUGCAGAAUAACAACUACAUCUUCAGUAAUGAUAAUUCUAUGAACAACAUAUCGGAAUUUUACAAGGACACCAAAGUUUUCAUCACGGGUGCCACUGGUUUUGUCGGGAAAGCCCUAGUGGAAAAAUUAUUAAGGACUUGCACUGAUUUGAAUUCAAUUUACUUGCUGAUGAGACCCAAGAGGGGUAUGGCAACUGAACAUAGGUUGAAGGAGCUUUUUAAAAACCCGGUCUUUAACAGGGUAAGAGAAAAGGAUCCCUUGGUGUUUGACAAAGUCAAAAUAAUAAAUGGGGAUGUUUCAAUGGCAAAUUUGGGGAUUUCAGAGACGGAUUUAACAUUUUUAAAGGACCAAAUGAACAUAGUAUUUCAUUCAGCAGCAACAGUGAAAUUCAACGAAGACUUAAAGAGUGCUGUGACAUUGAAUACCUUAGGAACCAAAAGAGUAGUAGAAUUGUGCAAGGAGAUGAAAGAAUUGAAGAGUUUCGUUCACGUGUCUACGGCCUUCAGCAAUUCGGACAAGGAAACAAUUGAGGAGACGGUGUAUAAGCCGGAAGUUGACCCGGAAGCUAUCAUGAGUUGUAUCGAUAUUUUACCAGAUAAGGCUAUAGAGGAGUUGUCCAAAAAAAUAUUGGGUAAACAUCCAAAUACUUACACUUUAACCAAAGCGAUGGCUGAAUAUGUCGUAUCAGAAAACUCUUCAGUGAUACCAACGUGUGUUGUCAGACCCUCUAUAAGUCUCUUUAAUAUCGAACAACUUGUAGUGUCACACCAAAGCAAAGGACUACCUGAGCUUAUAUACUCUUCAUUUACUGCAGCAUGGAAAGAACCCUAUCCAGGUUGGGUAGACAAUGUUAGUGGUAUUACUGGAAUUUUGAUGGAAUGUGCCAGGGGUACCAUAAAAUCGAUUAUUUGCGAUGACAAAUGUAAGAUGGACCUUAUACCAGUCGAUAUAGUAGUUAACACAAUUAUCACUGCAGCUUGGCAUACGGCUGCGUAUAGAUCAAAUCAAAUGAGGGUCUACAACUGCACCAGUAGCAAUAUAAACCCCAUAACAUGGAAAUAUUUCGGCGAGCUGACCCACAAAUAUUCCCUACAGUACCCCAGCAAAUACGUUACAUGGUAUCCAGGGUUUACCUACAGGACCAGCCGACUUAUGCACUUUCUGUGCGCAACCUUUUUCGUCACCAUACCUGCUAUGGCACUGGAUUGCAUCCUGUACUGCACGAAACAAAAACCAAUGAUGCUGAAAAUCAGCAACAAGUUCUACAACGCGCUGGAGGCGGGAAAAUUUUUCUCCUGCAACCAAUGGGAUUUCCAGGUGUGCCACAUGGAGGGCCUCGUCGACGCAGUGGCGUGCGCGGAGGAUGGUAAAAGUUUCGAAAUCGACAUGGGGCCUUCCACGGGCUUCGAAUGGGACCCAUACGUCAAGGAUUUUUUACUGGGGAUAAGACAGUACGUUCUAAAAGAUGACAUCAGCAGUUUGGAGAAGGCCAAAGUGAAAUUGAACAGAUGGUGGCUGGAGAUAUCCCACGUGGUGCGCACAUCAGUUUUCGUUCGAAUGCCAACGAAAUCGAACAGACCUUCUUGUGUGGAUUGUGAUCACGAUUUUAAUAUUAUCCAUGUCCCUGACGUCUACUUGACAAUGAAAAUGCUUGGGGGUACUGGAUUCUUAGGAAAAGUCUUGAUAGAAAAACUGUUAAGGUGUUGUGACGAAAUAGACACAAUUUAUUUAUUGUUAAGACCGAAACGGGGACUGGAUGUGGAACUAAGAUUGAAUGAUCUCAUUAAGGGACCAAUUUUUAAUAAUCUAAGAGAAUCAAACCCAAAAGCGUUAUACAAACUUCAAAUAGUAUAUGGAGACAUAUCCCUGCCAAAUUUAGGAUUAAACACCAAGGAUGCAAACAUUCUAAAGGAAAAUGUGGAUUUUGUUAUACAUUCAGCUGCCACAGUAAGUUUCACUGAAAAUCUAAAAACCUCCGUAACCUUAAACACUCUCGGGACCAAAAGAAUCAUGGAGUUGUGUAAAGAAAUGAAAAACUUGAAGAGUUUUGUGUAUGUUUCUACAGCCUAUAGCAACCCAUUUAGAAAAACGGUUAAGGAAGAAAUUUACGAGCAAAAAUACAACUACAACUCUGUUAUCAACUUGGUCGAAAACUUUUCGGAUGAAGAUGUAGAAUUGUUGACCAAAAAAAUCAUGGAUGAGCAUCCAAAUACAUACACCUUAACGAAAGCAAUGGCUGAACAAGUUGUCUCUGAAUAUUCCAGUAAUUUUUCAUGUUGUAUAGUAAGACCGGCUAUUAUUACAUCAUCAUGGAAGGAGCCAUAUGAAGGUUGGGUUGACAGUUACGUUGGUAUUACUGGGGUGUUCAUGGAGUGCAGUAGAGGAACGAUAAGUUCCGUGGUAUGCAACCCGGAAUGUCGCAUGGAUCUGAUUCCGGUCGAUAUGGUGGCCAACACUAUAAUCGCCGCUGCAUGGCAAACCGCUAUUAAUAAAAUGUUAAGGACUGGACGUAAAUUUUGGACAGCUAUGGACAAAAUAAAAUAUUUCACAACUCGAGAAUGGAAUUUUGAAACGAAAAACAUGGAAGAACUUGCCAAGGCUAUUAAAGCAAGUCCAGACAAUGAAAAGUUUGAUAUUGAUAUGACCCGUGCCAAUGGUUUUGAUUGGGAAAAAUAUAUUAAGAAAUAUAUUUUGGGUAUACGCGUAUUUUUACUAAAAGACGAGUUAAAAAGUUUGCCAAAGGCAAAGGCAAGAUUAACAUGGUAA